AUGUCAGUGGACUAGAGAACCAAAACCAAAAGAUCAGUACUUCUUUCCUUGGCGUCUCCGUGUCAUUUAAACCAGAUCACACACCACCAUCCCUUCUUUCUCCGACGAUUCUCUUUUCUAACGUUUCGCGCUCUCUCUCUACGAAACGACUGCGUUUUAGCAAAGCUAGGGUUCCGAACACCACCGAAAAUGGAUUGGGGCAACGUCACGGCGGAGGAUCUGGUCGACGCCCUCCGCGAAGUUGACUGGUCGUCUCCGCCGCGCCCUUUCUCUGAAUUCUUCUCCAGGUUCACCGUCCCCAGAUCCUCCUCCAAAUGGAACAGCCGCCUCAAAUGCAAUCUCUACUACUACAGAACCAACUACUUCCUUUUGAUUGUUUUGAUUCUCGGUUUGGCUUUUCUAACGAGGCCUCUUGCGAUUGUUGCUGCCUUUCUGACGGCACUCAGCAUUGCUUUUCUGAAUGACAGCUUUGCAGGUACUUUUAGUGAGAAAGUAACUAGAUCUGUGAGGCAAUUCUCUCCACAUUUAGCUGCAAAGAUGAGACCUCCUCUUACGCCUGUAAUUCGUGGGCGUCCAUCAGCCAAGAGAGCGAUAUUCAUUUGUGGUCGGCCUCGUUGGGUGUUUGUCUUGAUAUUCUCUUCUGUGAGUUUCAUUCUGUGGUUUGUUUCCUGUGGCCUCUUAGUUGUCUCAUGGGCACUUUCCUUUGGACUUCUUGCUACAUUACUGCAUGCAAGCUUCAGGACACCCAACUUGAAAGCACGUCUGAACACAUUCCGCGAGGAAUUUCGUCAAGUUUGGCGCAACUAUAGUGAGCUGUAACUUACCUGGAAUUUCUAUAAUCAACAGUCUUCUGUUAGGAAUCGUGCUAUUGAUUGUGAAUCUCAUACAAGUUGUGAUUUGGGGCUUGAGCUUCACUACAGCUGCUAUAAAAUAAUCUUGGGGUAAAAGCUGCCUACAUCUGAAGAUCACCCGCGGGAUGUGAAUCAUCAUGAACUCCUGUUUCUGUAAAGCAAAUUGUUCCUUUUCACAAUCCAUAUUUUUAGGAAACAUUGAAGGAUCUUAUGUGCAGUAGUGUUUUAACAUUCUUAGAAUAUAUGGGAUUAUGGACGGUGUCUUUAAGUCCCUCUGCUUUUCAUAACUUUUUAUGUUGCUUUGAAUAGAAGGUAGUGAUUUAGC